AUGACGACGACGACAGCAGCUCCUUCGAUUUCCGCCGCAGUAGUUCCAGUCCAAAAGAAUGAUGCAAAACGAUUUGUUAUUGACCUGUUGAUCGGAGGGCUUUCAGCAUCCGCUUCAAAAACCGUAGUGGCUCCGAUUGAACGCGUAAAAUUGCUUUUACAAGUGCAAUACUCACAUAAGGAUAUUCCAGAAGAGAAGCGUUUUAAUGGAAUUAUCGACGCAUUUCGGAGGGUGCCAAAAGAGCAAGGGUUUCUUUCGUUUUGGAGGGGUAACAUGACAAAUGUCAUUCGUUAUUUUCCAACCCAGGCGUUCAAUUUUGCGUUCAACGACUUGUAUAAAUCCAUUUUACUGAAAAAUGUGAAGAGGGAAAAUAAUGUGUUCGCAUACAGUACCAGAACAUUAAUAUCUGGAGGAUUAGCCGGUUGUUCGUCGUUAUGCAUCGUCUAUCCAUUGGAUUUCAUUCGUACUCGUCUUGCUGCUGACAUGGGAACCUCAAAAACUCGUGAAUACAAAGGAUUAGUCGAUUGUACAGUCAAAACAAUCAAAUCAGAAGGUGUCGGCGCACUUUAUAGGGGAUUUCCAAUUUCUCUUCAGACAUAUUUCAUUUAUCGUUCGGUUUAUUUCGGACUUUAUGACGCGAUUCGUAAUACGAUCAACACCGACAAGAAGAAACUACCAUUUUAUGCAUCAUUUGGAAUUGCACAAUGUGUUACUGUAUUUUCGGGCUAUUUGACGUAUCCAUGGGACACUGUGAGAAGGCGAAUGAUGGUCAAAGGUCAAUUGAGCACAGCAAAAGCGUUUUCAGCGGCGAAGAAAAUUGCAAGAGAAGAAGGAGUUCGAGGAUUAUACAAAGGAGCGCUGGCAAAUAUUUUCAGAAGCGCUGGUGGUGCCCUAGUGAUGGCGAUAUACGAGGAAUUCCAUAAACAUAUGUAA